AAAUCCUAAUUAAUCCAUCCUUCUUCACUUUCACUCUUACUAAAGUAAAAUCUCAGAAUAAAAAACCUACUUACCCACCCAACACAACACCUUCUUCCUUAAACACUAGGUUUCUUCUUUCUGUUCGAUUCUUCAAUUUUCUAUACUCACGCGUUUCAUAUACGGUAAUCAUCUUCCGGAUUCUUCAUUCAAUUGCUUCAUAAUAAGGACCUUAUGCAGCAUUCAAUUUGAUUUCUCAUUAAUAACGCCUCCAAUUAUUGUCACUAAUUAUCGGAACAGCUGGUUUUCUAGUCCAUUGAUGGCUACCCCAAGUAAAUCAACACCAAUAACUUCAGAUACAUUGGAACAGAAAGGAAAAACCAUGAAUGAAUCAAAUGCAAACAUUCUUCAAUGCCCUUCAAACCAGCAACCCCAUAGCUCCUUAGAUGGCCCAGUAGCAAUCCUUUGGGAUAUUGAAAAUUGUCCUGUCCCAAGUGAUGUACGCCCUGAAGAUGUAGCGGCUAAUAUAAGAAUGGCUUUAUGGGUGCAUCCAGUAAUUAGAGGAGCUGUUAUGAUGUUUUCUGCUUAUGGGGAUUUCAAUUCUUUCCCUAGGCGACUUAGAGAAGGCUGUCAGAGAACUGGUGUUAAACUUAUAGAUGUUCCCAAUGGGAGAAAAGAUGCUGCUGAUAAAGCUAUCUUGGUUGACAUGUUCUUAUUUGCUCUUGACAACCCUCCACCAUCCUCUAUCAUGCUUAUAUCUGGAGAUGUUGAUUUUGCACCAGCACUGCACAUUCUUGGUCAGAGGGGAUAUACUGUAAUUCUUGUCAUCCCUGCUGGGGUGGGGGUUUCAUCUGCCCUAUGCAAUGCUGGUAAAUUUGUUUGGGACUGGCCUAGUGUUGCUCGUGGAGAAGGCUUUGUGCCUCCCUCAAAGGCUUUAGUGCCACCCCGUGGAUGUCCAGUUGAGCUUGCUGGAUAUUUGAUGGGGUGCCAUAUCAAUGACAACCCUGAUGGACCAAAUGAAGAAGAAGCAAUAGUUUAUAGAGGUAUGUCACAGAGCUAUUAUAACUCGAGGGAAUUCUCAGUGGUGUCACAAUCUCUGUCUGAAUACAACUGUGGCACAUCUAACGUGACUUGCUUGCCAACCACUAUGAGAUCACAUAGUCUUCCAUCUGUAUUGAAUGAUGUUUCAGGAGGAUCUAUGCCUUCAAGUGACCAUAAUGAAUGCCAGUUCUGGGUACAGCCUGGGGAUUUAAAUGGUCUCAAAGGGCAGAUGGUAAGGUUGCUCGAACUUUUUGGAGGAUGCCUGCCUCUUGCCCGAGUUCCAGCAGAGUACCAGAAAAUUUAUGGGAGACCUCUUUAUGUCGCUGAAUAUGGGGCAAUAAAGUUGGUCAAUCUUUUCAAGAAGAUGGGUGAUGCUAUUGCUGUGGAAGGGAAAGGGAAUCGUAAAUUUGUGUAUCUUAGAAACUGGAAGGCAGGCCCAAGUGCUCCUCCUCUGUCUCUGGCAAAGAAGGAUAAUAAGAAAGGAAAGGGAGCCCAGGAAGAGAAUCUGAAUGUUGUCACUGGUGGAUGCUCUUCUGAUGAGUUCUCGGAUGAGGAAAGAGUAGUCACAGAAGAACAUGAUGAAAAAAGUUACACAGGAAAGGGCAAUCAGGGAAGAGUAGUCAAAUGUGAAGUUGAUGACCGUGUUAUUGAGCAGUUCAAGAAUGAGCUGCAAGAGAUUCUAGUAUGCUAUUCUUGCCGUAUAUUCUUAGGCUGUUUUGAGGCUAUAUACCAGCAACGAUACAAGAAAGAACUGGAUUAUCAGAGAUUUGGUGUUCACAAGUUGGAAGAUUUGUUUGAGAAAGUGAGUGAUGUGGUAGUAUUGCAUGAGGAACCAGUAAGCAAGAGGAAGUUCCUGGCUGCUGUGGGUAGUUAGAAAACUUGGCAAUGGACUGCUAGUUAUUUUAACCGUUCUGGUGUUUUAAACUUAUGCUCAGGAAAUAUUUGUUCUCUGUAGCAACUUCAUCCUUUUUUCAGUUUAUUUAUUCCUUAGAAGUCAUGUAAAAAUGAUAUGCUGGGCGUAUGUGUUUUUUUUCAGUCACUGUCCUGCAUCUAUUUGGAUCUUCUCUAAAAUUUGUGUUAUUUCCAGUCUCUGUAACCGAUUAGCUACUUGUAGGAGUCGGGAGACAUGUACAAGUAAUAGCUUUUGUACUUCUAUCUUGUAUCCUAUCUCAAUAUACAAUUCUUCCAUACA